AUGAUGAAUCCCAGUGUGGCACCAUUUCUAUGCGACGUGAUGGACAAGUCGAUAAUCCGAACAGAGUGGGAAAAAUGGCUUCGAUCGUUUACGCUGUACUUAGAAGCAGAAGACAUUACCACUGCGUCUAAGAAAAGAAGUAAACUGCUACACCUUGGCGGCGCUCAAUUACAAGAAGUCGCGUAUAAUAUCCCAGACGCGCUGGUAGAAGGAAAAGAAGGUGUAGAUCCAUAUGAGGUGCUCGUGGGAAAAUUGACACAACAUUUCUCUCCAAAGAGGAACUCGACGUUCGAACGACAUCUAUUUAGGUCCCUGAAACCAAUGGAAGGGGAAACCCUAAAUAAAUUCAUUUUAAAACUAAGAGGUCAAGCUGCUAAAUGUCAAUUCGGUAAGACCGAGAAAGAAGUUAUAGAAACGAAUAUAAAAGAUAAACUCAUCGAUGUGUGGGCACCAAUAGAUUUGAAAAAACGACUCCUGGAAAAAGAACAUGAUUUAACGCAGGUGGUUGAAAUGUGUCAGAUACACGAAUCAAUAAAAAGCCAAACGACAACAAUGGUUUCUGACGUAGUGCCACUAAACGUAAACAAAAUCGCUAACAAAACUAAGUUUGAUACUGCUGAAUGCGAUAGAUGCGGGCGUAAAGGGCAUACGAGUAAUGACUUUAACUGCCCGGCUAAGAAUGCUAAAUGCAAUAAAUGUAUGCUACAGGGUCAUUUUGCAGUGAGGUGUAAAACAAAAAGGGUCAAACGUGAGCACGGAAGUGGUAGUUAUGAUAACCUGAAACGGCGGCGCAUGGCAGCAUCUAGAGUGCGCUGCAUAAAUGAUGAGGGUGAGAUGAGAUCUGAAGAAAUGCGGGAGUUCGACUGUUUUAAAAUUGAUGAUGAUAUGAGCGAUGAGAGGAUUAGAUGCUCUGUUGGUGGCCGAACGAUUGACAUGGUAAUAGAUUCUGGGUCUCGAUUUAAUUUAAUAAGUGAAGGAGAUUGGUCGGAGUUACGAAACGGACAGGCCGUAGUGUGGAACAUCCGGUCCCACUCUCCAAAUCAAUUCAAAGCGUAUGCCGCGGAUAAGCUUUUGAAAGUGUUGCAGGUAUUUGACGCGCCAAUCGCUACAGCUCAUACAGAACUGAUUGCUACCUUUUAUGUUAUUGAAAAGGGAAGUCAAUCACUCUUAGGGCGGGACUCAGCAGUAAAACUUAAUGUUUUGAGAGUAGGGUUAAAUGUCCAUCGAAUUGAAGAUAAAGAGCCAUUUCCAAAAAUUAAAAACAUUAAAGUUAGUUUAGCAAUAGAUUGUAGUAUCCGGCCAGUCCAGCAACCAAUAAGACGCAUUCCGAUUGCAUUAGAGACGAAAGUGGCGGAAAAGAUUGAUGAAGCAUUACACCAAGACAUAAUCGAGCGAGUUCCAGGGCCAAGCUCGUGGAUAUCGCCGGUGGUCAUAGUAUUUAAACCUAAUGGGGACGUGAGGCUAUGCAUUGAUAUGAGGCGCGCAAAUGAGGCCAUACUACGUGAAAACUACCCUUUACCCACCUUCGACUCCUUCAUGACAAAACUAAGACAUGCAAAAUUUUUCUCGAGGCUGGAUUUAAAAAACGCAUACCAUCAAAUCGAACUCGAUGAGGCCAGCCGAGAAAUAACGACGUUUAUCACACACAAAGGGCUAUUCCGGUACAAAAGGUUAAUGUUCGGGGUAAAUUCGGCACCUGAGAUUUUCCAACGCAUAAUGGAAGAGUUGUUAUCACCUUGCAAGAACGUUCUCAAUUAUAUCGACGAUGUCAUCAUAUUCGGAAGCUCGGAACAAGAACAUGACGAAGCAGUAAGGGACGUUAUGCGAAUAUUUAAUGCGAAUGGUGUCGUACUAAACACAGGUAAAUGCGCCUGGAAAGUGAAGGAGCUAAAGUUUCUGGGGCACAUGUUAUCGGAACAGGGGUUCACUGCCGAUCCAGAGAAAGUAAAAUUAAUCGGGGAAUUUCGAGCUCCAAAGACCAAAGACGAGGUAAGAAGUUUCCUAGGCCUAGUUACGUACAUAGGGAAAUUUAUACCAAAAUUAGCUGAUAUUACUGAGCCUUUGAGGAGUCUCCUAAAAUCAAGUAGCACUUUCAUCUGGAGUCACAAUCAAGAACAGGCAUUUAAAAAACUAAAAACUUAUCUAGCGGAAAUACCCAACUUAGCAUUCUUCGAUCCAAAGAACAGAACGCGCGUAAUAGCUGAUGCCAGCCCAAUAGCCUUAGGAGCAGUCUUAAUUCAAUUCGACAGCGGUGGGGAUCCGAAGAUAAUCACAUACGCUAGCAAAAGUCUCUCAGACGUUGAAAAAAGAUAUUCGCAAACAGAGAAAGAAAGCUUGGCUUUAGUGUGGGCAGUAGAGAAAUUUUAUUAUUAUUUAGCAGGAUUACAAUUCGAAUUGGUCACAGACCACAAACCCCUUGAAGCUAUUUUUAAACCGACAUCCAAGCCACCUGCCAGAAUUGAACGUUGGCUUCUACGACUGCAAGCUUUCAAAUUUAAAGUAAUUUAUCGUGCUGGAAGGGAAAACAUAGCGGACCCCUUAUCGAGACUAGUCAAGUUUUCAAGUAGUGACAUAUUCGACAGCAACUGUGAAGAUAAUGUUUUCCAAAUCGUGUGUAGUUCCGUGCCAGCAACUCUUACAGUAACCGUCAUUGAUAAAAAAAGUACAGGGGAUGAUCAUAUAUCUGAUGCAAUCACUCACAUAAGUAACAACUCGUGGAGCUCGGGAACAUCCAAUAUAUAUUAUCCGUUCCGACUAGAACUUUCGGUGCUAGGCAAUAUACUCCUGCGUGGGAGACGCAUUGUGAUUCCCGAAUCUCUACGGCAAAGAGUACUGGAACUCGCACACGAAGGGAACUCAGGGGAGUCGGCGAUGAAAAGACGACUAAGAGCAAAGGUUUGGUGGCCCCUGAUUGACAGAGAGGUCGAACGUUUUGUAAAAAAUUGCCGAGACUGCUUGCUGGUAUCACUACCAAACAAUCCAACCCCAAUGCAAAGACACAGAUUCCCCGACGGACCAUGGCAAUGUGUGGCAACGGAUUUAUUAGGUCCUCUUCCCAAUGGCGAAUAUGUACUCGUAUUGAUCGACUAUUUCUCGCGCUAUCAAGAGGUUGUGUUCUUAAGGAAAAUAAGUUCCGAAGCUGUUAUAAAAUCAAUGAAAGACAUCUUCUCUAGACUAGGGUUACCUAAAUCCUUGCGUACUGACAAUGGGAGGCAAUAUGUGAGCAAUGAGUUUAAAGAAUUCUGUAGAGAGAAUAACAUCGAGCUAGUCACAACACCGCCGUACUGGCCUCAAGCUAACGGAGAGGUCGAGAAUAUAAAUCGAUCACUAGUAAAGCGCUUGAAAAUUGCCCACUCUAACAAGGUGAACUAUAAGUCAGAGAUACAGAAAUACUUAAUGAUGUACAAUGUGACACCUCACAGCACAACCGGGGCUACACCAACGGAAUUAAUGUUCAAUCGGACCAUUCGUGACAAGAUCCCAGACAUACGUGAUCUAACACAAGAAAUCGGUGAUUCGUCGGCAAGAGACUUGGACUGCAUAAAUAAACAUAAGGGGAAAGAGAAGGCUGAUGCAGCCAGAAGGGCGAAAAGCUCGGACAUAGGAGUUGGGGAUAUUGUGCUUUUGAAAAACGUUAUAUUCCCGCACAAGUUAACACCAAAUUUCAAUGCAACCGAAUACGUUGUGGUUAAAGGGAAAGGCGAUGAGGUACAGCUUUCAGGCGAUGGUAAGGUGCUGCGGAGGAACAUCAGCCAUGUUAAGAAAAUUCCCUCCGCUAACCAACAACCAGCCAGUGAGUCAGAGAAAGCACCAGGAACAUUGUUACAUCCACCAAUUGAACAACAUUCAACACUAUCCAGAAAUUCAGGCGCGGAGGAGACAGGAACGUCACAAGGGUCACUACGUCCUGAGUCAGCGGCUAAGGUCACAUCACCACCUACAAACGUGUUCACCGGCGACCAACCAUCAGCUCAGCAAGAAGGGAUUAAGUUGAAGCUAAAAAAAAUAGGAGGGAUGUGGCAACCCUAG